GAGGGAAGACUGAGUUAAAGCAAAGCUGAAAGUACAAGCAGGACGGAAAGUGAAACUGGGCACAGCCCCCGUAUAAGAUGCCCCCGACCCGGGAGAUGGCUGAUCAAAGAGACUGGGCCCUGCCAUGGGCCAGAAGGCAGGCGACCUUGGCUGGCGGCUCAGCCUUUUGCUGCUCUCCCUGCUCCUGGUUCAAGCUGGUGUCUGGGGAUUCCCGAGGCCCCCAGGGAGGCUGCCCCUGAGCCUGCAGGAGUUGCGGGAGGAGUUCAAGGUCAGCCUGCAUCUUGCCAGGAAGCUGCUCUCCGAGGUUCGGGCCCAGGCCCACCGUUUUGCUGAAUCUCACUUGCCAGGAGUGAACCUGGACCUCCUGCCCCUGGGAGGGCAGCUCCCCAAUGUUUCCCUGAACUUCCAGACCUGGCGCAGCCUCUCGGACCCAGAGAGGCUGUUAUUCCUCUCCAUGACACUUCGCCCCUUCCAAGCCCUCUUAGGAGGACUGGGCAGCCAGGGGAUCUGGGCCAAUGCAGAGAGGAAGCAGCUGUGGGCCAUGAGUUUGGAUCUCCGAGACUUGCAGCGGCAUCUUCGCUUCCAGGUGCUGGCUGCAGGAUUCAACCUCCCUGAGGAGGAGGAGGUAGAGCAAGAGGAAGAGGAGGAGAAGAAGGGCAAAGGGCUGCUCCCAGGGACCCUGGGCAGCCCCUCACAGAUGUCAGCCCAGGUGUCCUGGCCCCAGCUCAUCUACACCUACCAGUUGCUACACUCCUUGGAGCUUGUCUUGUCUCGGGCCAUGCGGGACUUGCUGCUGCUUUCCCAGGCUAAAAACCCAGUCCAGGCCUUGGGGUGUCCAACACUGACUGGCUCCCCAGCCUGAUGGCAUGGUUUCUUAGCCCCUUCCCUCUCCAGUUAGGAUUUUAGGACUGAAGUCAGGGCCAACAGGACAGCCUCCAGCUCACCAGAAGGCAGGACUCUACCGACCUCCGUUCCCAGACCCUACCCAAUAACUUAAGGCUCCUCCAGUCUUUGCCAGAUAUUUAUUUCUCAGAUAUUUAUUUAUUGUUUAGGGAAAUGAUGGUUUAUUUAUUGUUUCAGGGCCUGCUGGUUGUCCCAGGGCUAGGCCACCAGUCUGGGUGCC